AUGCGUGUAACGACUCCAGGAUGUUGGACAUGUCGUGUUCGGCACCGAAAGUGUGACUUGGAAAAGCCCUCCUGCAAAGAAUGCACCGAGAGGCAGGUUCACUGCCACGGGUAUGGUCCCAAGCCAGCAUGGAUGGACGGCGGACCAGGAGAAAGAAAAGAGCGAGCGCAAAUCAAAGCUACAGUGAACAAGAACUUCCGACAAGUUAAGAAAAUGCAGCACCUAGCUCGUCAAAGAGAGAGGGAGUCAAGUGCGUUGGCUGAAGCACAAAGACAUGACGAAGGACUUGAUUUUGCAGCAAACCGAAGCUGUUCUUUGGAUAUCGCACCUUUGAGCUCUGAGACCGAACAGUCUGAAGCGAUACUUGACUCUGGGGCUCAAUCUGUGACCACUGUCUCCGAUCGUGCUUGCGAACCCCACCUCGAGCCAAGUCCGCAGCGCAUUGGGGGUUAUGGUGGGAUAGAUAUCCAAGAGGCUUGUCUGCUGAUGCACUAUCUCGAUCAAGUCUUCCCCUGGCAGUUUCCGUACCAUGACUCCCGGUCUCGGCUGGGAAAUCGCGGCUGGCUCUUUCUACUACUGAUUAAGUGCGGACCUCUGUAUCACGCCAUAUUGAGCCUGUCUUCCCUGCACCAGAGUGCUCUACUUGACGCAAAAGAGGAUGUUCUAAAGAAGCAAAAGGCGUUGAGCCAUCAUUCCAUGGCGCUUCGGGAGCUCUGUGACAUGAUGAGUGAAAAGGGGGAUGAACUAAGAGACGACCAUGCCCAAUUGGCCGAUUUCUUGACAUGUAGCUUCAUGUUGAUCAGCUUCGAGGUAUUUUGCGGUGCGGAGCAUGACUGGAUUCCACAUCUAGAUGCAGUCACUUCUGUCAUGAGUUCAUCAUCCCCGGAAGAUAUCUUCGACCGGGACAAACGAGGUGGAGCAAGUGAUGAUCUUGAAUUUUUGAUAGUAGGCGUGAUGUGGUAUGAUCUUCUCGCCUGUGUAUCAACAGGCAGCGUACCACGCCUUCCAUACCAAAGCUGGCUCCGAGCCCCAUAUCUCGAUACAGCCGACCUCAUGGGCUGUGAGAACUGGGUUAUGCUAGCUAUCGGAGACUUGGCACAUCUUUCAGCGUGGAAAGAUCAGCAGGAAAAGGACGGUCUGCUGAGCAUUCGUGAGCUUGCGACUAAAGGCAUGGAGAUCGAGACACGAUUAGAAAAUGGUAUAAUGGGGUUGGAUCAGGGAGAGGUGAGUUCAGUAUCCAACACAGAUAAACACCUCGGUGGCAUACAAGAGCUGUGGCUUAUCAAUUAUGUCCAGGGAGAUGCAAAUAUGGAAGGCUUGCGACAUUGGGUAUCUCAUCUCUUCGCGCUCGCAGCCCUCGCGUUGCUGCAUACUAUAGUUUCAGGGCCACUGCCAAUACUCCCAGAGAUCAAGGGUGUCGUUUCUCGGAGUAUCGUGGUGCUAGAGAAGAGGCCCAAGGGUUGUCCUCUCACUGGCUCGGUAUGGGCAUUGUGUAUAAUAGCGUGUAUGGCACAGUCAGACCGGCCAUUCUUCGAGAGUUUGAUGGGGCGUCUGGUGCGCGAGUCAGGAAGAUUUGGGAAUACCGCAACGGUGUUCAAAAUAAUCAACAAAUGCUGGGAAAUGCAAGAGACGGGUCGCGCGGACUGUCGAAUCGCCAUGUCCGAAAUGGGAGUCCAUGCUCUCUUGAUAUAA